CAAACAAUUAAUGGCAGCAUUAAAUGAGACAAGGGUGUUGUAUAUGAGUUAGUGCACCUCAUUAUUUCUCUCUGUACCUUCUCUUUCUCUCCCCUUUUUUUUUGUUGCAUCUUUUCUGUGAUUACUAUCAAUUUUUUUUUUAAUUUUAGGAAUAAUUAUAGAGGUCCCCAAUUUGAUCCAGCAAGAACACAGCUAAGCUUAAUUUGCUGAAACUUCAAUUGACCCCACUUUCACUGUUUAGUGUUUACUUCCCCACCUGCUAAAACCCUUUAAUUUGUUAAGCUCAUUCAUGGCUUCCCUUUCUUCCUCUUUCUUUAAUUGUUCAAAACAUCAAUUUUGAUGCUUUGGGUACCUCUCAAUUUCUCUUAUUUUGCUCCUUUUGGCAUCUUUUUUGUGUUGGUUGGUGUUUUUAGGCAGGUAUGAGAGGAGGGUUUUUCUCUAACUUCAUCAAGUUUCAAAUUUUCACCUCAGUUCUAUUAAUCUAUGUCAAUGAAUUGUACUGUGCUCCAUUAAGUUAUUUCGGAUAUCCUGCUCCAAAUGGAGGAGACCUCUUUCCUAUGUCACCGAAAGGGGCUCCGCAGCCCCUCAUUCCAUUUCUGGCACCUUCCCCCUUGACUCCAUUUACAAAUAGCACAGUCCCUAAACUAUCAGGAGUAUGCCCGUUUAACUUCACUGCAGCUGAAAGUAUAAUGGGACUUACGGCAACCGAUUGCUUUACUGCAUUUGCUCCGUACCUAGCAAACGUAGUUUGUUGUCCGCAAUUGCAUGCCACUUUAGUUAUUCUUGUAGGUCAGUCCAGUAGAGAUACCAAAUUGCUUGCGUUGAAUGAAACGCUUUCUAAGCAAUGCCUAUCCGAUGUUAAUCAAGUAUUGUUGAGCCAAGGUGCAAAUGACGAUCUUCAACAGAUAUGCAAAAUCCGGGCAUCUAAUCUUACCGAAGGCUCGUGUCCUGUCAAGGAUGUUAAAGAAUUUGAGACAGCUGUGGACACUUCCAAACUCUUGGAGUCUUGUCAAAAACUAGACAUUGUCAAUGAAUGUUGCUCUCAAACAUGUCAAAAUGCGGUAUCGGAAGCUGCUAGAAAUAUCAGCUCAAAGCUUGGUGAUCUUACUGAUGUUCCUCAGCUUUCUGAUAUUGCUGAAGAUUGUCAGAGUAUUGUUUUGAGGUGGCUGGCUAGUAAACUCAAUCCUUCUCGUGCCAAGGAAGUUAUAAGGGGGUUGUCAAAUUGCAAUAUUAAUAAAGUGUGUCCAUUGAGUUUCCCUGACACAAGACAUGUUGCAAAGAAGUGUGCAAAUGUAAUAAGCAACACAUCAAUGUGCUGUAGUGCCAUAGAUAGCUACGUGAGUCACUUGCAAAACCAAAGCUUUGUCACCAACUUGCAAGCCCUCAAUUGUGCCGCUGCGCUUGGAAUGAAGCUGCAACGAGAAAACGUUACAGAAAAUGUAUACAAUCUUUGUCAUGUGAGCCUCAAGCAAUUCUCCGUUCAAGCUGGAACACAAGAAUCUGGAUGUCUUCUACAGAGUUUGCCUUCAGAUGUUACAUUUGACAAGAUUUCAGGGAUUACCUUUCUCUGUGAUCUGAACGAUAACAUUCCUGCUCCUUGGCCCUCCGCACUUCAGUUGCCAGCUUCGUCUUGCAAUAAAACUGUAAACAUUCCUGCACUUCCUGCAGCGGCAUCCGGAGAAGUCGGUCUGCAUAUGAAGCAUCAUUGGAAUUACUUGGUCAUGUUGCUUUCAUUCGUCCUGGUUCUUUGUUGAGCUGGUUUUAUUCUGAAGGAAAAGCGUAAGUGUUUGUUGUACAUGAAGGGAAGAUCGGAGACCAAAUUUAAAGAAAUUUGAGUUUCAUUGGGAGCAAGUUAUGUUCAAUUUUAUUUAGCAUUGUAGUGAUAGUUUAUAUUCUUCUUCCAAAGAUUUUGUAUAGGAAGUCUAGAAAUACAUGAAUAUAUGUGUUGUAAACAAUCAUGUUAACUCAACCUUGUACAUUUCGCAUGCCCGAAAAAGCUACUAUGUUUAACUAAUUCAUGCGAAAGGCUAUGCACGAAACAAAA